AUUUCUAGGAGCAGGCGGCAGGAGCAGUGUCCAGUGUUGGACAGGACUUGCGGUACUGGCAACGUGACUGCUUUGGAGCUGACUGAACUCCCAGUGCAAGAAACCAGCGAUAGCAAGAUUCGAAACAGAGUUGCCAGUCAACAUGAGCACAGCAGGCAAAGUUAUUAAAUGUAAAGCAGCAGUUCUGUGGGAACCAAAGAAACCAUUUUCCAUUGAGGAAGUGGAAGUUGACCCACCAAAAGCACAUGAAGUUCGCAUAAAGAUUUUGGCCACAGGGAUUUGUCGCACCGAUGACCAUGUUGUAAGUGGUGCGCUGAUUAUGCCUUUUCCCAUAAUCGUUGGGCAUGAAGCAGCUGGUGUUGUGGAGAGUGUUGGGGAAGGAGUAACUUCUGUGAAACCAGGAGACAAGGUUAUCCCACUCUUUGUUCCACAGUGUGGGGAGUGCAGCGCUUGCUUAAGCACCAAGGGCAAUCUAUGCUGUAAAAAUGAUAUUAGUUCAGCUUCUGGAUUAAUGCCUGAUGGCACCACAAGGUUUACCUGUAAAGGAAAAGCAGUUCACCAUUUUAUUAGUACAAGUACCUUCACUGAAUACACAGUAGUGCAUGAAACUGCGGUGGCCAAAAUUGCUGCUGCUGCUCCUCUGGAAAAAGUUUGCCUGGUUGGCUGUGGAUUUUCAACUGGGUACGGGGCUGCAGUGCAGACCGCCAAGGUGGAACGGGGCUCUACCUGUGCAGUCUUUGGCCUCGGAGGAGUUGGCCUCUCUGUUGUCAUGGGCUGCAAGGCGGCUGGAGCUUCCCGCAUCAUCGCCGUUGACAUCAACAAGGACAAGUUUGCCAAGGCCAAAGAGCUGGGAGCCACCGACUGCGUCAACCCUAAAGACUUCACGAAGCCCAUUCAUGAAGUGUUGAUGGAGAUGACUGGCCUCGGCGUGGACUACUCCUUCGAAGUCAUAGGUCACACUGAAACCAUGGCUGCGGCCUUGGCUUCUGUUCACUACAACUAUGGAGUCAGCGUGAUUGUGGGAGUGCCCCCCGCAGCAGAAAAGAUCAGUUUUGACCCCAUGCUCCUCUUCAGUGGCCGCACCUGGAAAGGGUCUGUCUUUGGAGGCUGGAAAAGUAAAGAUGCAGUCCCUAAACUGGUUGCUGACUUCAUGGAGAAAAAAUUUGUUCUGGAUCCAUUAAUAACCCACACCCUUCCUUUCCUUAAAAUCAAUGAGGGAUUUGAACUGCUGAGGACAGGGAAGAGUAUUCGCAGCGUCCUGGUGUUUUAGGAUUCCCAAAUGCUAAGCAGCAGAUGGCUUAAGAGCAGCACAACAGCAGUGCACAGCACUAUGCAAUGCAAAACAAGGCAUUUCUGAAAGCUCUGCUGCCGCCACCCAUCCAAUAAAAGGAUCAAGCUCAAACCCCAGACUUCAAGGCACAGCAUUUAUAAAGGAAACAAAUCUUUUUCCUCCCACAUCCUUUCCCCAAUUCUUGCUUCAAAUAAUCAGUAUUCUUCUGCAAUUUUCUUUUAACAGCCAAUGCUGAUAUUAUAGUACUUGAUGCUGUCACAGGUGUUAUGAAAGGCUUGGAUUUUUUAAAAUGGCUUUUAAUAUGCAAUCUUUUAAUAACAAGAAAGAAACUCUUUCUUUGGGUCUUAAUAACACUGCAGGUUUAGCAGACCUAUGCACGUAGCUCACACAUACGGGAGAUAAACGCUACCGUACUGCUCAGGAAAACUCUCAAGUCAGAACUAUGUCCCAGCUUAACCCACUACCUGAGAGGUACAGAAAUUAAUGCAGAGAUUAAAAAUAAAAAGUAUGGGUGACACAAUCUUGCACUGUGUUAGAUACCACAGUGUAUCGUAUCAAGGAGACAGUUAAUUCUUUUUCCUUAAGCCAGAAGUGUGCCAAACUGUUCUGCUGUAGAUGUGCAAGCCCUUUGUAGAAAAGACAAUGCACAUGGUUUUGCUGAUUUUUUUUUUAACCUCUUGCAAGCUUAAGGGGAUUAAUUUGGAAAAAAACAUGAAGAUUACUCUGUGAAAGGCUAUCAGCGUUGUAGUCCCUUUUUUUCUGGAUUGCCCUAUCCAUCUCCCAGUCUCUCCUCUGUAGCAGCACAGGAGAAAAGUUUGGUGUGUGCUCUGAUCCAGAUGACCAUGUGUUUGAACUAAUAAUUUCAAUAAAUGAUACUUAAGUAAAUCACAA